UCCGCUCCGACCCUGCUGGCUCCGGCUCUGUCACCUCACAGUAGUCGUUGCCCGAGGCGGGCGUCGGGGCGCGAGCAGCGAAGGAGCACGAGCAGCGAAGGGGCACGAGCAGCGAAGGGCGGCCUCUUCCCCCGCCCCUCAGGCCGGGCCUAGGCUCGGUUCUCCCAAGCUCCUUUCGUUCCCCACCCAGGUCGGGUACGGGAAGGUCCAAGCCGCUGCCCGGUGCCAGAGGGACUUUGUGGCCGCCGCCACGGGUCCCGAUGGAGCCGCCAAAUCUCUAUCCGGUGAAGCUCUACGUGUACGACCUGUCCAAGGGCCUGGCCCGGCGGCUCAGCCCCAUCAUGCUGGGGAAACAACUGGAAGGCAUCUGGCACACCUCCAUAGUUGUUCACAAGGACGAGUUUUUCUUCGGCAGUGGUGGUAUCUCCAGCUGUCCCCCGGGAGGGACGUUGCUUGGGCCCCCAGACUCUGUGGUUGAUGUGGGGAACACAGAAGUCACAGAAGAAAUCUUUCUGGAGUACCUGUCCUCCCUGGGGGAGUCCCAGUUCCGAGGCGAAGCCUACAACCUCUUUGAACACAACUGUAACACCUUCAGCAACGAAGUGGCCCAGUUCCUGACUGGGCGGAAGAUCCCUUCUUAUAUCACUGACCUUCCCUCUGAAGUUCUCUCCACCCCCUUCGGACAGGCCCUGCGGCCCCUCCUGGACUCCAUCCAGAUCCAGCCUCCCGGGGGGAGCACCGUGGGCCGACCCAAUGGCCAGAGCUAACAGGACCGCAUGGACCGCCCUGUCUCGACAGGGCUUUUUCUUUUUAAACAAAACAAACCCUACCAGAUUUCUAUUUUAUAAUUUUACAUCAGAGCUAACAACCAGGGGACAGCUUUUUAAACUUCCCAGGGAAGGAGAUCAUCAGGCCGCGCGUAGGACAAUGCUGCUAAGAAACAACAAAACGCCAUCCCUUCUAAUAGUAUUAUACUAAUUUAUUAAGGCUGCCUUGUCUGUGAGUUCACUUGUGACCCUGCUUCCUAAGCGUCCUCCACGCUCGAGAAAGGGAGUGGGUUUGUUAAUGCAGAAAGUGGAAUCACAGUUUGGGGGAGCUCCAACCUAGAACCUCUUUCCAGGGAACGCCCGUGCUCUACCCAGGUGAGUGUUACAACAGCCAUGACCCGGAAGCAGUUGUUCUCUAGUGCUAAACGAACCAAAGGAGCUGGUGCACAUGGAACCCGUCUGAGGAUGACUCACCCGACCUAAGUGAACUUGUUAGCCGCAACGUAUAUCAUCUUCCCUCCUGUACCCCGGGAAGGCCACGGGGCCAGAGCUGGAACAGCCAGAACCACAAAUUGAGGAAGAGUGACAGCCAGUGUCAGGUGGAGAACACAGGACAAAGCCACUCCUCCUCCCUCCUAGACUGAUUACCAACCCUCUGACCUCAAUCCUGGAGAACCUGCCUUGCUGCCCACAGGCUCCUCCUCUUCCUCAGCAGAGCUGACCUGUCGUAAUUACUGAAGGUCUGGGCUGGAGCAGCAGAGAGCCGGCACUUUGUCUGCAAGUAGGAACGCAGGUCUUGUGCGGUCACUGGACCCACCCCUCAGACCAGCAUGCAGCCUGCGGCUGGGGGCCGAGGGGAAAUGACUCCCUGCUCCAGGAGGAGAUUCCUGAUGUAGAAAGAACAAUAAUGAGCAAUCAAGGUGGCAAGAAAACUCAGUUGCUGUUGGUAGGAAUUUUUACAUUAUCCUAAAUGUGCUGUGAAGACACGUGCUAUUUCCGUUGUCAUUCUGACUCGAAGGAUGCAUGGUGUGCGUGGGCAUUUUCCUUUCAAGCUGCUGUUAAGAGCUUACAGGCAGGGAACAAUCUGGAAGUUUCUUAUCUGGAGUGGCUUUCAGAUUCCUUUUCUUCACUUGAGUCUCCCCUUAAGUUAGCUUUUGGGGAAGUGAGGUGGGGAGAGGACUCAGAGCUGCCAGGUACCUGCGUCCCCACUCUGACAUUCUUGGGCCCCUCCUGCCACUUCUCAGACUUGAAUUACAUUGUCUUUCCUGGAGUUUGGCCUGCAGCAGGUGCCUUUUCUCUCCAAAAAGCUGCUGCUCACCCCGGCCGCCUCCCCUCCCAUCUGCACUGUCAGCUGCAACAGUUUGCGUCGCCAGGGUCUCAGCCAGAGGAGGACAUGUGCCUCUGCCUUAGUGCUUGCCUGUGACCUGACCAGGGGCACGUGUGUGAUGACCAGCUGUGAUGUAACAUUUUGGCACUUUUCAGAUUGGAGGCCAAACCAAUGAGCAGUUUAAUUCUAAUCAGGACCCACUGAUUUGCUGGCUUGCUACAUUAGAGCAGAAACUGGCAGGGAACCCUAUUUAAUGUUGACCAACUGGCAGAAUGGACUAUGGAGAAUGGGUUUCAGGCUGGGUGUGUCCCAGGAAGGCAGUACAUUGGUCCCUGCCUUUUCCAGCUUGCCUUGCCCAGGUCUCCCUCUCUGCAGGCUCUUGCUCCAAACCUCUCUGCACAGAGCUCUAGCCAGAGGGUGGGGUGCGCCCCUCCCAACGGUCACCCCCGGACCCAGGGCAGUACUGAGAAAUGGCUUCACUAAGAGACUUUGAGUCACUUGGUUCAUCGACGGUCCCUCUCAUGUCCAACAUCCAUUGUGCCAACGCCUGUGCUCCAGGGGGAAACGGGUGAGUAAACUGGCUUCUAAGAGCCCUGCAGGAAAGCGAGCUCUGCCCCACCGCGCCACCCAAGUCCCAGCAGCACUGACUGGAAGCCCAGACGGGCUCAGCGCCCCCCCCCCCAACCCAUCUUUGUAUUUCUCUAUCUCCCAGCACCUCAGGAGUGCAUCCACUGUGCCCAGCUAGCCUCACAUGGGCGUGGGGAGCAGAGCGAGCCAUGUGUUUCGCUGUAGCGCACAGCGGACACUCCGUAGAGGUCCACUGGUUUAAAGGAACGGGGGGGAAGCGGGAUAAGACCAGCACCCCUCCCAGAAAUAAAGCCUGUACCUGUGAGAGUCUUUUUUGCCCUUGAAGUCAAACUAAUAACUGUUUAGUAUGGAGGUGUUUGCUGGUUUUCUUCGAUGUUUUUUCUAAUGCAAUAAACACUUUUGCCUGCUG